GCGAGUAAAGUCAAGUCAGCCUUCAGAGGUUCAGAAUCACGUAGAGAACCGUGGAACAAAUUGUCCGAGUCGUGGCUACUCUUUUUUUUGGGGGAACAACCUAGGGACAAAAGGACAGCGUCUCCGUGCUUCUCGACAAGGCUCCUUACCAGUCUACCGACCCCCACCCUUUCUGGCCAACGAUCCGACCCCACCACCAGGACCCAGUUACCCCUGUCCAGCUGGAGGAGGACCCUCCACCACCUCUACUAGUCCAGCCAGGCCGGUCAGUCCACAGCGGUCAGCGGGGGAGUAUCAGGCCAGCAGCCAAGCUGGAGGGAGCCGGAGGAGGAGGGGAGCUGGAGCCGCAGCAGAGGCCCUCAGGGGCCGAUGGCCCGGCCUUCAUGUUGAGGUAUAGAGGCUGUGCUACCGCUGCUACAGAUGCUGAUGGCACCACUACGGAGCAGAUGGAUCCGAGAGAGCAGCAGGAGGAGGAUGAUGUCAUCUCAGACGGACACACGCACAAUGGGGUAACUCUGAGGAGACCCAAUGCGCUGGAGUUGCAGAAAGUGACUGAUGGAGGAGAGGAGGAGAGAGAUGGAGGGAUGGACUCUACCUCUGCAGGGGAGGAGGACUUGAAGACUUCAGACGAGGGCUUCAUGGGCAUGACACCUCUACUACAAGCCCACCACGCCAUGGAGAAGAUGGAGGAGUUUGUUCACAAGGUGUGGGAAGGCCGGUGGCGAGUCAUUCCUCAUGACGUGCUGCCUGAGUGGCUGAAGGAUAACGAGUAUCUCCGCCACGGGCACCGGCCGCCCAUGCCCUCCUUCAGGGCCUGCUUCAAGAGCAUCUUCAGGAUCCACACUGAGACUGGCAACAUCUGGACUCACCUGCUGGGCUGUCUGUUCUUCCUGUGCCUGGGCAUCAUGUAUAUGUUUCGUUCCAACAUGUACUUUGCUGCCCCGUUCCAGGAGAAGAUAGUGAUCGGUAUCUUCUUCAUCGGGGCCAUCCUGUGUCUGUCCUUCUCCUGGCUCUUCCACACCGUUUACUGCCACUCUGAGGGCGUCUCUCGUGUCUUCUCCAAACUGGACUACUCUGGCAUAGCCUUCCUGAUCAUGGGCUCCUUUGUUCCAUGGCUCUACUACUCGUUCUACUGCUCUCCCAACCCCAGGUUAAUCUACCUGGUAGUAGUCUGUAUACUAGGAGUCUCUGCCAUCAUCGUCUCACAGUGUGACUUCUUCGCUAAGCCACAGUACCGCGGCGUCAGAGCAGGAGUGUUUGUAGGUCUGGGUCUGAGCGGUGUGGUCCCCACCCUGCACUUUGUCAUCACUGAGGGCUUGCUGAGAGCCACUACUAUGGGUCAGAUGGUGCUCCUCCUCAUGGCUACGCUCUACAUCUCUGGAGCCUGUAUCUACGCAGCCCGCAUCCCAGAGAGGUUCUUCCCCGGGAAAUGUGACAUCUGGUUCCACUCUCAUCAGUUGUUCCACGUCCUGGUGGUGGCAGGAGCGUUCGUCCAUUUCCACGGCGUGUCCAACCUGCAGGCCUUCCGCUACGCUGCCGGGGCGGGCUGUGAAGAGGACAAUGCCCUGUGAAGAUCCUGCACGUCGUCACGUCAACACACCACCAGGGGGAGACACACUCAUAUAUAUACACACACACACACACACACACACACACACACACACACACACACAGACACGGGAGACUGAUGGA